AUGUCGACCGCUUACGUCCCCCAGCACCAGAAACUACCCAGCCAGCCUCCAACACAGGCAGGAAUACAAAAGAUUCUCGAUGAGAACACACACCUGAUACAGACAAUCAGUGAUUUCCAGAUGAAAGGCAAGAGCAAUGAGUGCAUCCAGUACCAGCAGCUUCUACAUCGUAACCUGGUCUACUUGGCCAAUCUGGCAGACUCCAGCACAAAUGUUCAUGCACUGCUGCCUGCUCCUGGAAACCAGAUGGGAAGUGCAGCUGUUGGUCAGAUGAACCAGAUGAGGCCUCCAGGAUCUGGUGGACACAUGCUUUGGGGUACAGAAGCAAAGUAUGAUGGGCCAACAGCCGAUGAUGUCACAAACCAGCCAAUGAUGCCUCAGAACCAACCUAUGAUGUCCCAGAACCAACCAAUGAUGUCACAGAACCAACCAAUGAUGUCCCAGAACCAACCAAUGAUGUCCCAGAACCAACCAAUGAUGUCGCAGAACCAACCAAUGAUGUCGCAGAACCAGCCAAUGAUGGCGCAGCAGCAGCCUAUGAUAUCACAGCAACAGCCAAUGAUAUCACAGAAUGGGAUGGGCCAGAUGUCCCAGAGCAGCAUAGGGCAGAGUGUCAGCCCCAUGAUGCCUCAGCAACAACAGAUGAUGCAGCAACAACAGCAGCAGCCCAUGAUGCCACCCCAGCAGCCAAUGAUGACACAGAACCAGCAGAUGAUGCCUCAGAGUCAGCCUAUGAUGUCGCAGCAUCCAUCCGGCAUGGCACAGAGUUCGAACCCUGCGAUGAUGCCAUCUGGGCCUAAUCAGAUGAUGGGUGCUCGGCCAGGUGGUCAGCAGGGUGGCUACCGCAGAGCUCAACCAGGUCCUCCAUACACCAGUCAGCAAGGAUACCCUCAGCAGCAGCAGCAGCAACAACAGCAGCAGUUCAGUGCACAGCAAGGACAGCAGCAAGGAUACUCUCAGCCAGUACCAGCUGCUGCCUCGCAGCCGGGCCAGUUUAUGAAUCAGCAGAGCCCUGGCACCCCUCGAGGCUAUGCCCCCUACAACAGGCAGCAGGCCAUGAUGGGGCAGCAGCAGCAGCAAGGCACCAUGGCUGGAGGGCAGACCGGGGCACCUCAGAUUGGCAUGCAGGGAAACAUGACCGGACAGAUGGCUCAGCAAGGCAGUAUGGGAGGCCAACAAGGGGACAUGGGCCAGAAGCCGAUGACCAGCACACAGGGAAGCAUGAGUGGCCAGAUGACCAGCUCUCAGGAAAUGGCCGGGCAGAUGGGUGGGAUGCAGGGGCAGAUGAGCGCUGGUCCUCAAGGAGGCAUGAGUUCCCCCAUGGGGGUAUCUCAGGGGGGAAUGCCUAAUCCGAUGGGUGUUCAGGGCGGUAUGCCAAACCAGAACCAGAUGGGAGGACAAGGCGGCCAGAUGGGUCACAUGCAAAGCAGCAUGGGUGGGCAACUGGGCACCUCUCAGGGCACCAUGCCUAAUCAGAUGUCAGGGCAACAAGGUACAGUAAGCCAAAGUCAGAUACCCCAAAAUAGCAUGGGUCAGGGUCAGAUGGGUGGCCAGAUGCAAGGCGGCUAUGGAGGUUAUAAUCAAGGACAGUAUUAG